UCUCCAAAAAAGUUAUUCUUUCCCCCCAACAAACCGUCUAAGUUCAUCCAUGAUUCCUCCCCCAUCUCUAAUCCACAAAGACACAAAUUAUUAAUGACCCCACAAAUUCGCCUGCAUUCUGCGUGUCUCAGCUUCACUAGAUAUUUUUGCUCGCUAAAAUUCCCUUCCAUGGCCCCUGCAACGCUCACUCUCCUCAUCAUACAACUGCUGUCCGAAGCUACCUCUGCUACAAAUACCGACCUGUUGAGCUCCAUAUUGCCCUUCGCAGAAACCCAAUACGAAACAGUUGCAAACCAACAGAUACCCAUUCUUGGCCAAUCUGGAAAUCCAUCUGCCUACCCGUUCGAGGGCUUUCCCACAGAAGAAAAAUGGCGGUCGAAUCGCAGAGAAGCAUGGACAUCGGGAUUCAUGCCGGGCGCAUUCUGGCACCUCUCCUCUCUCGCCCCCAACGCCACUGAUUUGUGGCAACAGCGCGCCCAAAUUACCCAGCAAGGCCUUCUCCCAAUGCAGGACUAUAAUGGAUCCCACGACAUCGGCUUCGUCAUGUUUUGCUCUUUCGGCAACGCCUUUCUGCGCACCAGGAAUUCCUCCUACUUACCCCCGCUGACCAAUGCCGCCAUUACGCUCUCCGCCCGCUUCAACCCCAUUGUGGGCUGCACGCGCUCCUGGGAAAACAAGGGCGCUGCCUCGGCUGAUCGAUUCGAGGUAAUCAUCGACAAUAUGAUGAAUUUGGAGCUGCUCUUCUGGGUCGCCAAUUACACUGCUAAUGCUACGCUUUACAACAUGGCCGUCUCCCAUGCUGCUCGGACCUCCUCUGAACAUGUUCGUCCUGACGGGAGUACAUGGCAAGUGGUGGCCUUCAAUUCCACCGAUGGGGCAGUCAUUGAAAAGUACACUGUUCAAGGUUAUGGUAACGACUCCACUUGGGCAAGGGGUCAAGCCUGGGCUGUUUAUGGUUUUACCAUGGCUUACCGUUAUACCCAGAAUGAAAAAUUUCUUCAGACCGCCCAGAAAACGGCGGAUUUCAUCCUGGGAAAUCUUUCCCCUGAAGACAUGGUUCCUUACUGGGAUUUUGAUGCGCCUUUCAAGGAAGGUUAUCAGCCCAGGGAUACUUCUGCUGCCGCCAUAGCUGCGUCUGGACUGUUGGAAUUGGGAGAGUAUUUGGGGGAAAGAUAUAGAGAUGCAGGGGUCAAGCUUCUGGAGGAGCUUACCAAAUAUAGAGCAGAUGGGAAGGGCGAAUAUAGGAUUCCUGCAAUCCUUCUCAACGGAACAUCUCAUUAUAGUAGACAUCAUUUUGACAGGGCUCUUAUAUUCGGAGAUUACUACUUUCUGGAGGCGCUUCUCAGAUUGUCUCGUUAGGAUGCUCAAUUGUCGACUCCCAUUUGGGUCUGAUUUCUGCCCUGUAUUUUGUCACGGAACAGGUCUGAUGAGAUUGGCCUGUUUCACUUUAAUGGAUUGUUUUUCCUUCAA